AUGGGAAAUGGUCGCAAACACAAACUGGCAGUCUUAUCUGAUGAGGACUGCUGGUUAUUAUUCGGCCGUAGAGCGCUUGAGCAUCGUAGUGCAGAAGAGCGUUUGGCGUUGGAAAAGACUGGAAGGGAAAUUGUAAAGAAGUGUGGAGGGGUGCCUCUCACAGCGAAGACAAUAGGGAGUGUCAUGCUCAUGAAUUGGUGGAUGGAGAAGGAUACGAUAGUCAAUUUAUGGGUGGCACAUGGUUUCAUUAGUUCCAAUGAAAGUGAAGAGGAGAAAAUUGGUGAGAGGCAUUUUAAUGAUUUACUAAGUCAAUCAUUGCUUCAAGAUGCAGAACUGCAUGAUGACAAGAAUAUACGUAGGUGCAAGAUGCAUGAUUUAGUUCACGAUCUUGCGCAAUUUGUUGCGGGAAGUAACUGUUCAGUGGUGGAGAUUGGAAAGCAAGCUUUAUCAAUGAACAUAAACAAUGUCCACCAUUCUUUAUUAAUUUUCAGUCAUGAAGCUGGUGAUGAAACUAAUGAAGCUGAUGAAAUGGCUUCCAUUUUGGCCACCCGACAUAAGGCCCAGAAGUUGCAGACGCUGCUAAUCAAAUCAACAAACAGUUGGGGACACCACAGGGUGUCACAAAAUUUAUUUCAGCGUUUGAGAUGCAUUAGGGCAUUGGAUUUUGAGUCAUACCAGCAUUGGGAAAUUGCCUAUAUCAGUGGGACAGGUAUAGGUAGACUAACUGGCCUUCGAACGCUAACAAACUUCGUUGUGGGGGUUGGCGACGAAGAAUGUAAAUGUGAAGAACUGAAACACCUCAAUUAUCUUCAAGGAAGACUUCAAAUUACUGGCUUGAAAAAUGUGAGAAGCAGGGACGAAGCUAGGGAGGCAGAACUGUAUAACAUGCAAAACCUUCAUGCUCUGUUCUUCAAGUACAAUGAUGAUGAUGCUGAACUGUUGGAUGAUGAGGUGAAGAGAAUGGAGGAUGUGCUUGAAAUCCUCCAGCCCCACACAAACUUGAAAGAGUUUGAAAUAUAUGAUUACAAAGUUUCCAAGCUUCCCAAAUGGAUAGAGGAUCCUGCGUUCUGCAAUCUAGUCCGGGUGAAACUCUGGUAUUGUGAUAAGUGUAAACAAUUACCAGGCCUUGGAAAACUACCAUCUCUUAAAUACCUUGAAAUUAUGAAUAUGGAAGAGGUGAUAAAGGUGGGUGGUGAGUUUAGAGGGAAUGAUGACAAUGAGGGAAGUGAUGGACUUGUCUCAUUUCCCAAGCUGGAGACCCUCAUCUUCUGGAACAUGCCAAAUUUGGAGUGGGAAUUGAGUGGUGGAGAUGGAGAGGUUAUGCCAUCACUCCUCCACUUAACAAUUUAUGACUGCAUAAAGCUGGAGUUGCCAAGCAACCUUCCACCGCUCCUCCAGAAGCUGGUUUUAAACUUAAGUAAUGAAGGGAUGUCAUCGGGAAGGCUAUUACGAAUCCUCCCCAGCCUUAAGCAUUUGAUGAUUGCCUAUAGUCUUGAUCUGACAUCGCUCCCUGGUGGGUGGUUGGGACAACUCAAAGCCCUCCAAACUCUUGAAACCGUGUCCUAUGGACGGUUGGGGUCUCUACCAGAGGAGUUGCAACAACUUACUAUGCUUCAAGAAUUGACGAUCAGGCGCUGUCCACUCUUAGAAGAGCGCUACAGAGAUGGACGAGAAGACGGGACAAGAUUGCUCAUAUCCCCAAUAUCACAUUUUAUAUAA